AUGGGUAAUGCAUUAUGCUUUGUUGACCACCAAAAGAUGAAGAAGAAUUUUAAACAUCAGUCAAAGUACUCGAAAAAGUUGAGUAAGAAGUACUCGACACAUAGACUCUACUAUAGUGACAAUAUCGAUACGUUCAAAGCAUUGGACCCAAAGAAAAAGAACGAAGAGAAACACAACAAGCUAUUGGAUCUUUCGAAUCGAUAUCAUGAGGCACAUCAGAGAAAGGAACAAGACGAGCAGGAAAGAGAGAGACAAGAGAUUAUCGAUCAACUCAGAGAGCACACCAACGAUCAAGUAGAGGACAGAGAGAACUUCACUGAUAUCUUUGAACUUGGUGCUUCUUCAUAUGACAAACUUUUAAAUUCAUUCGGUGGUGCUGAUUCUAUUAAAAAGAGAACACAAGAUACUCUUUUAAGUAAUAAUGCAUCAAAGAAAAAGCAGAAAUUGGAACAAAGAAAUCAGCAGCAAAAGAAAGAAGAAGUUAAUGAAGAAGAGGAAGAGGAAGAUGAAGAAGAAGUUAAUAAUGACGAAAUAGAUAUUGAAUUCGAUCCAGAGGAGGAAGAAGAGGUAGAAGUGGACGGAGAUGAACAAGAUGAUGAUGAUGAUGUUGAUCAAGAGGAGUUAGAAGAAGAGGAGCAAGAAGAAGUAGAAGAAGGAGAAGAGGAAGAAGAGGAAGAAUCAGAGUUUGCAGAUGUUUAUGGUGAUAAUAAAAAGGAAGCAGAGGAAGAGGAAGAAGAGAUUGUCGAUGAAAAGGAAGUAAAAGAGAUAUUGAAAGACAAUAAGAAACAAUCGAAUGAUAUUUGUUUCAAUCAUUUCAAUAGAGAGAUAGAGACAGAGAAUCAGUUGGAAGAUCUACAAACAGAGUCACAUUCAUUCAGCUCACAAUCAGUAGAUGUCGAAUCAUUUGGAAUCAUAACAUCAUCGGGAUGUCCAGCGCCACUAAACAAUCAACCAGUUGCCAAAUCUGUAAUGGAAGCUAAACAAUCAUUUAUUCCAUCAAAAAAGAAUAAUUUCUCUGAAUAUAAUAUUAAGAGUAGAUUAUUAAAACCAUGGUCAACUACAAAGAAGAAUAAGGAAAAUGAUUUAUAUUUUACACCUAUUCAACAAAGUUUAUUCCCUAUUAUGAAUGAAUAUAGAGAUUUAUUGUUUUCAGAAGAGAAUCAUAAGAAUCACAAGAGUAUCUAUCAACUUUAUACAUUACAUGCAGUCAAUCAUGUUCUAAAGACAAGAGAUCAACUCCUGAAGGAUAAUGUCAUUACAAAAGAAUUUGAAAAGAAAAAUGAAAUUGUACCUGAUUUAAGACAUCAAGGUUUCACAAAACCAAAGGUAUUGAUUGUUGUGCCUUUUAGAAACACCGCUCUCGAUAUCAUCAAGUUGAUGCUGAAAUUGGUACCACACGAACCAAAGACUCAGACCGAAAAGAAAACGAAAUUGGUCAAUGAAUACUCUGCACCAGAGGGAAAGACUUUAAAUCCAGAGAAACCAGAGGAUUUCCAACAUAUUUUCAGAGAUAACAUCGAUGAUUGUUUUAGAAUUGGAAUCGGUUUCAAUAGAAAUGGAAUUAAAUUAUUUACACCAUUCUUCUUUUCCGAUAUAAUUAUUGCUUCGCCACUCGGACUAAGAUUGGUUGUCGGAACUAAAGGUGAUGCACAAAGAGAUUAUGAUUUCUUAUCAUCUAUUGAAGUACUUAUUAUCGAUCAAGUCGAUACUAUUCUUCAACAGAAUUGGGAUCAUAUCAAUAUCAUUUUCGAAAAUCUUAAUCUCAUUCCAAGAGCACAACACAACACUGACUUUUCAAGAGUUAGAAUGUCCUAUCUCGAGGGUUGGAGCAAACACCUAAGACAAACAUUGAUUUUCGGUUCAUUACUUACACCUGAAAUUAAUUCUAUUUACAAUAGACAAUGUUAUAAUAUAAACGGAAAGAUUAGAGUAAAGAGAAUAAAAGAUGGUGAGAUUUCCAAUAUUAUCAAUCCUUCUCUCGUCCAGACUUUCCAUAAAGUCUAUAUCUCAGCGGAUGAGCACAAGGAUGACGAUUCAACCGCUCGAUUCCAGUUCUUUAUUGACACUGUACUGCCAAAGUUGACUCACCACUCGACGGAAUCUCGACAAAUUUUGAUCUACAUACCAAGCUACUUUGAGUUUACCAGAAUUCGUAAUUAUUUCAACAAGGAAGCCAAGUCGUUUGUCAAGUGUGACGAGUACGCACAGCCAGGUGCCAUUACCAGAGCGCGUCACUACUUCCGUAGAGGUGAACGUACCUACAUGUUGUUCACCGAGAGAUUCCACUUUUUCAAUCGAUACAAAAUCCAGGGUAUCAAGCAUGUCGUAUUUUUCGGUCUACCACAAAUCGCUGCCUACUACUCGGAGGUACUAAACAUGAUCACACAGCAAGACGGAACCGUCAUGGCACUCUACACCAACCGUGACCGUCUGGCACUCGAAAGAAUAGUUGGUACAAUCAGAUCAACUAAAAUGUUAGAGUCUGAGAAAUCAACACACUUAUUCUGUUAA